AUGACAAACCUGUUGAGACUUUCGAGGUGUAAUGACCAGAAGGACCUCUCUACCUCAACCCCGUUCUUCUGCCCCCCCCCCGCCUUCUUCGGGAUGUACAUCCUGAACAUGUUCCUCAACAUCAGCUGGCUCCUGCUGUUUGACCGCCAACUCAUCGAGCUGGCUUUCAGCUUCCUGUUCGCCAUUGCCUUCACCCUGUACAUCUGCCUGUGGAUCUCCUACACCUCCCUGGAUAACAACAUGGAGGUCCUGGCUAAACUCAAUCUUAAGAUUGAGGACACUUUAGUGCGUGCAUUCGUCCACAACGGGCUUGGAAUCUAUGCGGCUUGGACCACCAUUGCUUCCUUCCUCAACAUGGGCUUUGUGAUUGCCUACAGAGCUAACCCCGCCAUCGACCAGAGCACCGCGUCCUCCAUCUCCCUCGGCUUCAUCACCGCCGCCUUGUUCCUCUUCGUCAUCACCGACCUCUUCCUAUUCGACAGAUACAGUCGGUAUACCAUCACGCCUUAUGGCGUCAUCGUGUGGGCUCUGUCAGGCAGCCUGGCCAAGAAUAUUGACGCUGCUCGCGGGAACUCUAUCUUCACCAUUGUACUCAUAGUGAUAGGCGUGUUAGCUCUCAUUGCCAAGAUAGUGUUCGUCAUCAUCAGAAGCAAGACAAAACCUGUGUUUACCUCAUCCACGAACAUUACCACGCCGGAGAAGCAGUACACUGUCGACAUGGCCUGACGUCAUCAACACGUUUCAUAAACUGGUGAAACCCGUGAAGAUCAGUAUCAGUAUUGGUGUUCAGCAACCCAUGCUUGUCCUAAGGGUCGACUAUCGGGAUUGGGUGGUCAGGCUGACUUACUUGGAGGAUGCAUGCCACGUAUCCAGUAGAUCGAUGGUCAUGAAUGUAAUCACUGGAUUGUCUGGUCCAGGCUCG